GCGAUCCCUUUGUGUGGCCAGAGAGAGGGACUGUUUGGAGACGUUAUCGGACUCGAAACCUUUCUCUGCCGGAAUUUAGGAACUCCGUUCACGUCCGGAGCGAUCAGCCGUCUCUUUUUUGUUACCGUUGUUCUUCUCUUUCGAAGUUUCUCAGAGUGAAGUGCGAAGUUUAGAGCGAAUUUUGGUUCUUUCUUGGUUCUGGUAUAGAAUUGUUCAAUUCCGGACUUAGGGUCACUCGCCAUGCUUCUUUGAGGGAAAUUAGGGUUUUUCCGGCGUUUUCUCUUUUUUGUGUUCGACUUGGAGACUGGAGUUUCUUGGUUUCCGGGAAAUUGAAGGUGAGUUUUAGCGUGAUGUUCACGCCUCCGAAGGUUUGGCAACGGUGGUCUCUUACACCCCACAGGAAAGGAGGGACGGGAUCAGGAUCGGGUACGGGUCAGGGUCCGGAUUUUGACGGGCCGAAUCCGGGAGAAGACGGGACGACUGUGAACGGGAAAGAUAGCUCUUCUUCGGACAUGGAGACUCCGGUUCCGGGUCGUGUCGGCGAAAAUGGGAUCCGAUACGACGGGACGGGGACGCUGGUGGAGAAAGUUUCUCAGCUCGAAAAAGAGCUCUUUGAAUACCAAUACAAUAUGGGUCUUCUGCUGAUCGAGAAAAAGGACUGGACUUCAAAAUUUGAAGAACUCAAGCAGGAACUUGAAGAGGCAAAAGAGUGCCUUCAACGUGAGCGCACAGCACAUUUGAUUGCUAUGUCAGAUGUUGAGAAACGGGAAGAGAGCUUGAAGAAAGCCUUGGGGAUUGAGAAACAAUGUGUGCUCGAUCUUGAGAAGGCUCUCCAUGAGCUACGCUCUGAAAAUGCUGAGAUUAAAUUUACAGCAGAUUCAAAGUUGGCUGAGGCAAAUGCAUUGGUUAGAAGUGUUGAAGAAAAAUCUCUUGAGGUCGAGGCGAAGUUGCGUGCUACUGAUGCUAAGCUUGCUGAGGUUAGUAGAAAAAUUUCAGAGGUCGAGAGGAAAUCAAAGGAACUGGAAUCUCGAGAAAGUUCUCUCCAGAGGGAGCGGUUAUCGUACAUUGCCGAACGAGAAGCACGGGAGGCAUCUUUGUCGAAGCAGAGGGAAGACUUGCAUGAAUGGGAGCGGAAGUUGCAAGAAGAUGAAGAAAGAGUUGCUAAAGUUCAAAUGAUUGUCAAACAAAGGGAGGAGAGGGCUAACGAGAAUGAUAAGAUCAUCAAGCAAAAGGAAAAAGAACUGGAAGAGCGCCAAAAGAAGAUUGAUGCUGCUAACCUUGCUUUGAAGAAGAAGGAAGAUGACCUAAUCUCUAGGCAGAAAAAUCUUGCUUUCAGGGAGCAGGAAUCUGAUGCCUUGAGGAAAUCCUUAGAGACAAAAGAGCAAGGGCUAUUUGCUCUGCAGGAGAAACUUGAUGCCAGAGAGAAGGCGGCAGUCCAGCAACUUGUUGAUGAACAUCAAGCUAAACUAGAGGCAAAACAACAUGAAUUUGAAGUGGAAAUGGAAGAGAAAAAGAAAUCUGUGGAUGACAGCUUGAGGAUCAAGGUUGUGGAGGUGCAGAAGAGGGAAGCUGAGUUGCACCACAUGGAGGAAAAAGUCGCAAGACGGGAACAGACCGUAGAUAAAAAACUGGAUAAGGUCAAAGAGAAAGAGAAAGAUUUUGUAUCAAGAUUGAAAGGCCUUGCCGACAGAGAGAAGGCGUUUAAAAUCGAGGAAAAUGCGUUAGAAAAGGAGAAGACAAAACUGCUCGAGGAAAAGGAAAAUCUUCUCAACCUCAAAGCGGAAGUUGAGAAGAUAAGGGCUGAAAAUGAAGCACAUCUGGUAAAAAUACAUGAAGGGAAGGAGGAGCUUAGAGUUACCGAGGAGGAGAGAUCCGAGUAUCUUCGCCUGCAAUCUGAACUGAAGGAGCAGAUAGAAAAGUGUAGGUCUCAGCAAGGCUUGCUUUUGAAGGAGACUGAUGAUCUGAAGGCACAAAAGGAAACUUUUGAGAAAGAAUGGGAAGAACUUGAUGUAAGAAAAGCUGAGAUCGAGAAAGAAUUGAAGAAUAUUAACGAUCAGAAGGAAAAAUUUGAUAAGUAUGGACAGACAGAAGAAGAAAGGUUGAGAAAAGAAAAGCAAGCAGCAGAAGACUCCAUAAAAAGGGAGCUUGAAGCUCUUGAAGCAGCAAAAGAUUUGUUUGCAGCGACUAUGGAGCAUGAGCGUUCAAUGAUCACUGAGAAAGCUGAGAGUGAAAGAAGCCAAUUGCUUCAUGAUUUUGAGAUGCGUAAAAGGUCACUCGAGACUGAUAUGAAUAUUAAGCUGGAAGAAAGAGAGAGAGAGAUGCAAGCGAAGGAAAAGUUAUUUGAGGAAGAGAAGGAAAGAGAAUUGAGCAAUAUCAAUCAUUUAAGAGAAGUAGCGAGAAGAGAACUCGGGGAAAUUAAGAUGGAAAGACUUAGGAUAGAGAAAGAGAAGGUAGAAGUUGAUUCCAGUAAAAAGCAUCUUGAAGAGCAACAGGUUGAAAUCCGAAAAGAUGUGGAAGACCUUGUUGCCUUAACCAAGAAACUGAAAGAACAGAGGGAACAAUUAAUUAAUGAGAGGAAUCGGUUUCUUUCAUUUGUUGACAAUCACAGGAACUGCAAGCAGUGUGGGGAAAUGUUGUGGGAGCCUGUUCUUCCGGACAUUAAUAGCUUGGAGAUCCCCGAUUUACCAAGAUUGGCCAACAAUCUUGACAAUGAAGCACCCAGCCGACAAAUAAGGGAUAUAUCCCCUGCUGUUGCUGGAUUAGGAUCUCCAGUCAGUGGGUCGGUGUCAUGGUUCAGGAGAUGUACUUCGAAGAUUCUGAAAUUGUCACCAAUUAAAAGGAUUGAAAUAUAUGCUCCCCAGGAUUUGGCAGAUAACGUGCCUAAAUCUAGUGAGGAAGGUAAUAUGGAAACUAGGCCAUCAAACAUUCCUCAGGCAGUGGCAGUCCGAUCUGAUACUGGCACAAGAGAACUUGAAGUGAUUAAUGAUCACUCGGACAAUGAUCAGAGCAACAUUGACAAUAAGGUUCACGAAGUUGCUGAAGAUCUUAAUGUUGAUGGUCAGCCUCGCAGGAGGGGAAAGACGGGAGUCAGAAGAAGACGCUCUGUCAAGGCUGUUGUUGAAGAUGCCAGAGCUAUCUUGGGUAAAUCUCUGGAGUUCAAUGAGCCCGAGGAUUCCAAUGCUAAUGGUGAGGACUCUGCUAAAGCAAAUGAGGAAUGCACAAGCGGGCAUGGUCAAACUAGUAGAGGAACUUCAAGGAAUGGACGGAAACGAAACCGUACUGAUUCGCAAAAAGGUUGUGAGGAUGGUAAUGAGAGUGAUGGAAAUUCUGAAAGUGUCACAGCAGGAGCAGAUCAACAUGGGAAGAGGCGGCACAAGGCUAUCACAGAAACUCAAGGUGUUGUUGAGCAACGUUAUAAUCUCCGGAGACCUCGAAGGGGAGCUGGAGGAAGCAGUCUGAGCAAGGAGAAUGAAGAGACUACUGGCGUUAGAAGAGAAGGAGAGAUUUUCUGUGCCCAAACCACAGCUGCAGCAUCAGUAGGAGUCGCUGUUGGUGAGGAUGGAGGGAGCACAAAGCUAGUGCAGUGCGGAGAAAUAGCAAACUCUCAGGAUACAGAUGCUGGUUCUCCGGAAAGGACGGAGGAGGGCGAGGAAGUGAAUGGGACACCUGAAAGGGUUGACUCCGAAACCGAAGAAGAGGAAGACGAAGAAGAGCAUCCAGGUGAAGUCUCGAUAGGGAAGAAGGUGUGGACUUUCUUGACGACUUGAUAACAAUGGCUGCGUGCCGUUCAUGGUCAUGGAUGUGAUUUGGUGGAUGAUUAUGUCAGUAGUGUUACUUUUGGUAAUCUCUCUUUAGUUUUUGUGUGUUUUUUUUAGGUGGGGUUGUUUGCGUAUCAACAGAUUCGACAAGCGGUUUAUGUAAUUUUCUGGGGUUUUUUUUAUAUCAUUGUGUUAAUUUGGGGUUCUUCAGAAUUCUCAUUCUUUUUACAUAAAAGCCCUUUUAAUUGUUUGUUGUUUUA